AUGCCUAGCGAGGAGGAGUCUAGCUUGUCCUUAUCCUUGCUUGCUAUGCAAUUCUUCAACGAAGCUACCGGAUUGCAAAGACCCCAUGAUUUCCUAUGCAGCUGGUUUCGUGAUCUAAAAGGCUGGCAUUUACUGGAUUUGCUUCAUUUAAGCUUUAUACCCAAGGAAGACAUAACACAAAGCAGUGGCACACCAAACCAUGUCAUGCACAGCUUCUCAAAGCUCCGCUGCUCGGGGAUUAAGUUCAAUCUGGUCCAAGCGGAAAGCUUCUUGCUUGUGAAAUUCAAGAAUGACGUGAUUGAGAUGCCUCAUCUAACACUUGACAAAUUCACGUGCUCUUUCUUGUCAAAUUGCGUGGCAUUCGAGCAGUGUCAUUGCUACGUCUCCACACACUUCACCACUUAUGCAACCUUCUUGGGGUGCCUCGUGGGAAGUGCCAAUGAUGCUGGGUACCUACGCCACCACAACAUUGUGGAUAAUAAUCUUGAUAACGAUCACAAGGUUGCGUGCUUCAUCAACAAGAUGGGCAAGGACGUGAUUAUUGAUGGUAAUUUUUAUUUGUCCAAGUUGUUUGACAAUGUGGAUGAGUAUUAUAGAAAUAGCUGGAACGUGCAGCAGGCGACCUUCAAACAUAAGUAUUUUGAGACUCCUUGGUCGUUCAUUUCGGCAUUAGCUGCGUUUGUGCUCUUAUCGCUUGCAAUUGCCCAAACUUUUUACACCAUCAUGGCUUACUUGCAUCGGAAAGAUGGGUUCCCUCGGUCAAAGUGA